AUGUACGUGAGCUACCUCCUGGAGAAGGACGGGCCCAUGUACCCCGGCCCGGUGCGACACUCCGGGGGGCUCAACCUGGCGGCUCAGAACUUCGUGGGCGCCCCGCAGUACGGGGACUACGGCGGGUACCACGUCAACCUCGACAGCGCGCAGUCCCCCGGCCCCGCUUGGCCCGCGCCCUACGCCGCCCCGCUCCGCGACGAAUGGGGUGCCUACGGACAGGGCGCCCCGCCGCCCGCCGCCGCCGUCCAUGGCCUCAACGGAGGCUCCCCGGCCGCCGCCAUGGCUUACAGCUCCGCCGAGUACCACCACCACCACCCGCACGCCCACCACCACGCCGGCCCCGCGCCCCACUGCUCCGCUGGGGUCAUGCAGCCGCUCGGCGCCCCCGCCAACGCCGCCCCCGAGCCGCUCUCCCCCGCCGGGCAGCGACGCGGCCUCUGCGAGUGGAUGAGGAAACCGACGCAGACCCCGCUCAGCAGCCAGGUUAAAACCAGGACGAAAGACAAGUACCGCGUCGUGUACACCGACCACCAGCGGCUGGAGCUGGAGAAGGAGUUUCACUACAGCCGCUACAUCACCAUCAGGAGGAAAGCGGAGCUGGCCUCCAACCUGGGGCUGUCGGAGAGGCAGGUGAAAAUCUGGUUCCAGAACAGGCGGGCGAAGGAAAGGAAGAUCAACAAGAAGAAGCUGCAGCAGGCGCAGCCGGGCGGCGCGGAGCCGCUCAGCCCCGGCGCCUCGCUGCAGGGUCCCGCGGGGGGGGCGGCCGCCGCCGGGCUUGUCCCCACCGCCCCGCAGUGACAGCGGCCGGGGGACCCGCAGGGACUGCUGGAGGGCAC